UGUGUCGCUUGCACAAAGCGAUCUAUGGUCUCAAACAAUCUCCUCGAGCAUGGUUUGAUAAGUUCAGUGCUACCAUAGUCACUUGUGGGUUUUCUCAGUGUUACUCUGAUCACUCUGUGUUUGUUCGCUGCAGGGGUGACAAGCUAGUUGUGUUGGUAGUGUGUGUUGAUAUCAUCCUGACUGGUAAUGAUGAGGUAAGAAUUUCUGAAGUGAAAAGUCAUCUCUAGCAUCAUUUUUAGACAAAGGAUUUGGGCCAACUUCAUUAUUUCCUUAGGAUUGAGGUAAUCCGGAGCAAGAAAGGGAUCAGUCUAUCCCAAAAGAAGUAUAUAGUGGACCUCUUAUCUGAUACUGGGAUGCUUGCAUCCAAACCUGUUGAUAUCCCUAUGGAUCCUCACCAAAAGUUUGGUGUUGAUGAUGGUGAACCUCUUCAGGAUAUACAUCAGUACAGAAGUCUGAUUGGCAAGCUAAUUUACCUUACUGUGACUCGUCCUGACAUCUCCUAUGCCGUUGGAGUUCCCAGUCAGUUCAUGCAGUCUCCUCAGAAGGCUCAUUGGGAAGCUAUUGUUCGUGUUCUUCGCUAUCUAAAGAGGGCCGCUGGCAAAGGGUUAGUUUAUCGUCCUAAUCGACACAUGGAUCUAGUUGGCUACUCUGAUGCUGAUUGGGCUGGCUCCGCUAGUGACCGGAGAUCUACCACUGGAUAUUGUACAUUUGUUGGAGGUAAUUUGAUCACGUGGCGAAGCAAGAAAUAGACCACUAUUGCCCUGGUCUAGUGCAGAGGCAGAAUACAGAGCUAUGGCUCAUAUUACUGCUGAGCUGAUGUGGUUGCGUUCGUUACUCUUGGAGUUGGGAUUUUCAAUAACCAAACCUAUGCAGAUGCAUUGUGACAACCAAGCUGCUGUGUAUAUUGCUAGCAAUCCGGUCUUCCAUGACAAGACCAAACAUAUAGAGGUGGACUGCCACUUUUUUAUGUUGUUCCAAAGAAGCUGAUUGAGACCCCAUUUGUUUCAUCAAAGAAUCAGUUGGCUGAUAUG